GUACAGCCAUAUCAAUCCAUUCAUCCAUCGUUGCGGUAGUCGCCUUGGUCUAGCCGCCCUAGUCUAGCUUGCCGUGUAGCUAGCGGUUUCGUCUGUCAGAUGAGGAGCAUCAACGCGCACUAUUAUUGUGUUGCUCGUGUUUCGUCGGCUUGCACUGGUGAUCUUGUGGUAAUCUGAGCUUCGCAUGACUGCGUGCCAUCGAUGACACAGCGCACAGCUGUGCCACAGUUACUUUUCUGUGAUGUUGAUUCGUUGACCCCUCGAACCGUUCCUGCCGGCCGCGCCAUGAGCUACCAGUUAUCUGGCGACAUCAUUAACCUGAACGUUGGCGGAACCAGGUUUGCCACCUCCAGGCAGACGCUGACAUGGGUGCCGGACUCCUUCUUCACGAGUAUGCUGAGUGGACGCAUAUCAAGCCACCGUGAUGAAACAGGAGCUAUUUUCAUUGAUCGGGACCCCAAGUUGUUCUCGGUCAUCCUGAACUUCAUGCGAACUAAAGACAUUGAUCUGAGGGACCUGGACAUGAGCGUGUUGAGACAUGAGGCAGAAUUCUAUGGCAUCACUCCUCUUGUGAAGCGGUUGAUCCUGUGUGAAGACUUGCACCAGUCAUCAUGCGGCAAUGUCCUCUUCCAUGGCUACUUGCCCAUGGCCGUGCCACCGUACGAGGUUGCCAGUGGUGGCCGCAACAUGCCACCCUCCGGUCUCCUGCCAACGCCUGCCGGUGGACCUGACCGACGUCCCGACCAUGGGGCCCCACGGCCUCCAUUUGCUGUUGACCCAUCAUGCCUUGCCGCACUGCCCGGCAUGGUUGAUGCGCGGCCAGGCUCGGUUUUCCGCGUGAUGCCAGAUUUGGGUGGCUCGCGGCCGCCGCCAACCUCCUCAUGUGGCCACUCGCGCAACCCUUCUCUGGAUGCUCGGCAGGCCUCGUCGUCCAUGGUGCCUCCACCACAGCUCUCACGCAGUUCGUCCGACCUGCGCACGGGCGGUGUCAGGGGCCACUCUCGUGCAUCCUCUCUUGACCUCAGGCACUCACGCAACUCGUCGGCAGAUUUCAGCCGCCGCAUUCGAGACACGGACGGUGGCUGGGCUAGUGCAGCCCUGCCCCAAGGUGUUUCAACAUGGCCUGACAAUCUCCGGGUGUGCAUGGUCAAGGGUCAUCAAAACUGGAUCGCCGUAGCCUAUGCCCACUUUGUCAGCUGCUACAGGCUGAAGGACUCAACUGGGUGGCAGCUGGCAUUCACCAGUCCUUACCUCGAGCCUGUGAUUGAACGCAUUGCACUCAAUGCCAAAGUGGUGACGACAGCGUCGGCGCAGGCGCCCGAGAGUGGGGCCAAGAUGCUGGCCGUUGCAUACGGCUCCCAAGUGCGACUAUGGAGCAUCGCCCAGGAAGGCAACGGCCGGGCUGAGAUUGGUGUGUUCCACCUGAGCGUUGCUGUGGACAGCCUGUUCUUCAUUGGAAGCCAGUUGGUUGCUCUGAGUCACCUGGGCAAAGUGGGUGUCUGGCACGCCAUGACUCAACACUGGCAGAUCCAGGAUGUGGUGCCUAUCACAAGCUUUGACACUGCUGGCUCCUGCAUCUUGCUUCUGGGCUGCAGCAAUGGCUCCAUCUACUAUAUCGAUAUGCAGAAGUUUCCGCUACGUAUGAAGGACAACGACCUGCUGGUGACCGAGCUCUACCGGGACCCGUCAGCUGACCCAAUUACAGCUAUCAGUGUCUACCUUACCCCAAAGACAAGUCUGUGCGGCAACUGGAUAGAGAUAGCAUACGGCACGAGUGCUGGCACAGUGCGGGUGAUUGUGCAGCACCCGGAGACAGUGGGACACGGUCCGCAGCUGUUCCAAACCUUCACUGUUCACCGCAGCCCCGUCACCCGAGUCGUCCUUUCCGAGAAGUACCUCAUAUCUGUGUGCAGCGAGUAUAGCCAUGUGCGUACAUGGAGUGUGACCCGCUUCCGGGGCAUGAUCUCCACCCAGCCAGGGUCAACACCUUUGGCCUCCUUCAAGGUGGUCUCCCUGGAAGACCUUGAACCCUCAGCCAGCUACCCAGCCGGAAAUGACUGCGGGCCAUAUGGAGAGCAAGAUGAUGAACAGGUCUUCAUUCAGAAGGUUGUGCCUGAAACCGACCAGCUGUACGUGCGCUUUGCUUCAUCAGGCAAAAGGAUAUGUGUGAUCAAGUCGGUCGAUGGGACCACAGUAACAUCCUUCUGUGUGCACGAGUGCGAGGGCUCCAACCGAAUGGGAUCUCGUCCACGGCGCUACAUUUUCACGGGCCACAGCAGCGGUGCCAUACAGAUGUGGGACCUGACUACAGCACUGGACUUGGCAUCAAAACGAGAGCCAGCUUUUGUGCAUGACGGAGGCCCCAGCCACAGAGAACUGUUGCGCCUCUUGGAACAGUGUGACCUGACUAACUCUCGCUGCUCCACACCUUGCAUCAGUCCAUCACCUUCAAUUCUCGGGGGUGCUGCUACGCUGGCACGCCUGCGGGCGGCGAAUCUUGUUUUGCUUGGACAGCAGCAAUCACAGCAGCAUGGUCACGAAGAAUUGUCAUCGUCAGGAGUGCCCGAGGACCGUCGAGUGACGCGGUGCUGACAGUGAAUGCCAUCAGAGGUCACCUACUGCUGUGUGGAAUGAGCCUGCUGGUGUGGCCACAUCCCCCGCGAUGGGUGUGUCCAGCUCAGUUAUGUUGACGAAAUGUUUCGACAGCUGGUGUUUCCACUCGUCAGAACUGUGCAAGGAUUGUUGCUUCCUGAUGGGACCAGCUUUUGAUGCAUGAUUAUUACUUUCGUUCUGCAUGCCAGUCAACACAGGCAUGCGACAGUGACAUUUCGGCAAUCUUCCGUAUGUAAGUAAUGGUGUCCGAAGCACCACAUCCUCGAUAGAUACUGCACGUGUGGCCUUGCCUGUAGCUGUGAAUACCUGAGCUGGUUCUGUUGCAAGUAACAGUGCAGUGUUGACGUGUUCUCACAACUGUUCGUUGCCUACUGGCUACAAUUUCUGUCUAUAUUUGCCACCUCUUAAGUGUCACUGAUGAACAACCUGAGGUCUUGCCUUCGCUUGAUGUGCAGUGAUGCGGUGCACAAAGUAAAUUCGAAACUGGUUUCCUAGAAUGGUAACACACUAUAAUUUUUUUGAAUUGGCAUUGCUAGUAGCAGUGGUGUCUUCUGGGCUGUGCUUGCCACGCACUGUCGUUGCACUGCCCUACGAUGAUUUUUAUGUACGAACACCAACUCCCCCAACAGUCCGCCCUUUUAAAACAAAAGGUUAAUUUUCUCAAUUGGAAGUAUUAAGGACAUGCAGACGAUUGCCAACAUAGGCAGAGCAGGCACACAAUGUUGCAAUGCUAAUAGUCAAGCAUUGUUGCUACAAACCCUCUCCACAAUUUUCGCCACUGCUCUCUGCAGAAGAUGGCCAGCCUAUUUGGCUUUGUGUUGAUUCACAGAAGAGAUGAACAGACCUGUGGUGUCUUCAUUUUCAUUGUGUCCUCUUUUUUCUCUAUAAAAACUAAUUUAUGGAUGUUUAUUAGGUAAUUUUCCACAUUCACGGGUGUCUGGUUGUUGGCAUAAGUUAUGCAAUAAUGUUCCUCACUGUCACAGAAUAUAGUGUCUCGGGCUUUAGAAAUUUUGAAUAGUUCUUUCCCUUUUCACUUGUCCGCAGGCACGCUCACAAGCUCUGCCUGGUGUGAAUUACCUAUGCCUGUGUUAAGAACUGUUCCUAAGUAUAUAACACUUCCUGCAGGAUACUUGCAGUUUUUUGAAACAUUGGUCAGUGGAGGAUUACUGAUUGAAAUUCUUAUUUCACAACCAUUGAUGUGAGGAGGUAUGCUAUGCCAGUGAAGCGUUGUUGCCAAGAGCCGAGUGCGUUUUGUAAAUGAAAGAGUCAGCCUCCACUUGACUGGGUUGAGCCCUAGUGCGAAGUUCGGUCACCUUAUGUGACAAGAAGUGCGUGCAUUUCAGAGCUAACCAUUUGAGUCACGCUGUUAUGGUGCAAUAAUUUCAGAUGUUUGCAGCCUUGCGACUGAUGUGGCCAAAAGGCAUAAGUAGUCGGAAAAUGGUUUACAUCAUUAGGGACAUUUCUUUGUUCGGAGCGGUGCCUUCGGUUGUAGCAGCUGUGAGAAAUUAUAAUAUUAUCUUAAGUUUUAUGUCAUCUUUCAUUUAUUUAUGUAUAUGUACUGCAGCAUACCCAGUUUGGCUGAUGUAACAAAGUGUCUUUUUUCAUACUUCUUAAAGAGGCUCAAGCUUGAUUGUAGUGUUUGAAAAAUAAAACACAGCAUAGUUCUUCAGAAAACUUCGUCACGAUAAGGUUGGUGCAAUACACUUGUCAAGUCAAUGUACACGAGCUUCAUGCUAGUUCUGUGUUUCGCUUCCUGUCAUGUCUCUUUUAAUUGUAUACUACUGAUUAAAAUGACUUUUGGUUUGUGUUGACUAAA